GAUGUCAAACUCGCAGGGGAGUGGUUGGCCAAAGGCAUUUCAUUUUAUUUCACUAUCCGGUUGUGCGCCAAACUCGCCACACAUAAUUCUGGUGGAUCACUCUUGUGGUUUUCACGUUGGACAACCAUGACCACUGCCACAGAAAACCCAGGACCGCGUAAAAUUAAGGGAGAGAGAUCGCUUAUUGAAGCAUUAUCGGAAUAUCCAGGAGAAUUAGUCAAGACUGAUUCUCCAAAUUUUGUCUGUAGCGUGUUACCGUCACACUGGCGAUGCAACAAAACACUGCCAGUUGCGUUCAAAGUUGUGUCACUAGGGGAUAUACCAGAUGGAGUUCUCGUGAGCAUUGCGGCUGGGAACGACGAGAACUUCUCCGCAGAGCUACGAAAUUGUACUGCAGUCAUGAAAAAUCAAGUUGCCCGAUUUAACGAUUUGAGAUUCGUGGGACGUAGUGGAAGAGGUAAGACUUUUUCACUGACGAUAACGGUAAAAACAGAACCAAUGCAAGUCGCAACGUAUUGCAGAGCAAUCAAGGUGACGGUUGAUGGACCUCGCGAACCUCGACGGCACAGAGCGAGAGCAGAAGACAGAGAUCCCGCUCAUGCUUUCGAUCAGUUUCCAUUCUCUGAUCGUUUAUCUGAGCUCGGGUUGGAAGGAUUCCGAAGGAUGAGAGACCCAACUUUUCCUCCAUUUACAGAACUUCAUCCUUCUCCUCUACAACAAACCAAACUAACUCCCGAUGGAACGUCUGCUUUCACCCCACUCAAUGCAGAUCCAAACCAAAUGAGGUCACCUUCAUCGUGGGGAUAUCACACAUUUCCAGGACUUAUUCCCGCACCUCAGCCUGAUGCCUCUAUGAAUUUUUCUGCUCUGACUCAACUUCAACAAAACCCUUUACAGAUUGCCAAACCCCAGACAGUCAAUCUACAAAACACGACGAGUAAUAUGCCCGUAUUACCACAUGUCUACCCUGAUGCAAGAUUCCAAAAUAUGUCUCAAUUUCAGUUUCGUCCAACAACCGACAACACUACAAGUGCAAUAAACCAAGUUACUACAACAGCAACAGGAAUAAAUUCUUAUAAUCAAAUGGGAACGAUGUGUCCAUCAAGUCAGAUGGAGCCCGGCCAUGGUAUGUUACAGGCUGCUUGUCAACAACUUAACGGGUCCCCGAUGGGGAAUAUGAAUGGAUUAGUAAACGGCCAAUUCAUGAGUACAAUCAACUCAUCAAUGAACAAUGGAGUGGUUAACAACGGACUGACGUACAGACCUCAGUCGUAUAUUCACCAACCACCCAUGAGUACACAAAAAACAAGCAUGUCUCUGACACAGUCGACGUAUUCUGGGCCCGUGGGUCCCCCCAACGGUAUGACAUUCCCUAUGGCACGAUCCGGUAUGAUGUCUAUGAUGAGUCAGGGCAUGGGAGUAUCUACCAUGGCGCAAGGCCUCAACAGCUUCUCGGGGUUCCCUACGCCUCCACGGUCAGAGGACCAAAGCAUGGGCCUCAAACAAGAACCCGUUGAAGGAGUCACAGAUCUAUCCAAUCACGUGAUCAACCAAGGAAUGGCAGACCACGUGAACAAUGGAGGUAGCGAAGGAGUAUUAACGGAGCGAAAUGGACGAUCAUCUCCUAAAGUUUGGCGGCCUUAUUAACCCCAGCAGUCACCGUGUAUGGUAUCCCUGUGUUUUGGCUGUUGUUUGCUUUCGCCAAUGGUGAAUUGAUCUCUGUUCUUGUUAUAAACUUCAAGAAGUUUAAACUACAUAAAUUUCCUAACAUCUUUACCCCAAGUUUAGUCCUGUUAUAGUUACACCAGCUUAUCCAGUGGAGUAGGUACAUGUCGCCAUGUCGCUUAGUUAUUUUAAUUUUUAUCAUUAUUCAUAUAGUUCUUACUGAUAACAGAAAAGAUUACUGCUAGCAAAACCCUACCGAAUCCUAACUAGCUAGUCAAGAUCAUUUUAUUGUGUACAAAAUGUUCGUUUUGUUGGACUUAAAUUAACUUGUUUCAAAACGAAAACAGAGCUGAUGAAUUUUGAACGAAUCGAACUGAAGGCUACUCGAGCUUUCUGUUUUGAAAGAUACGAGAUAAUAUUGAAGAUAUUUUAAAGACUGUAUAAAAAGAAAAAGAUUAUUUAUUUCGAAGAUAGCGCAUGCUUAUGCUUAGAAUGCGAGGCUAUAAUAUAGAGUAUAAUAGAUUAGUCAGUAACAGCCUCGUUAUCAAGUCGGCAUGUCUAUCUUCAUUUUAUUAAUAAUUGCUAGAGAUAUUUCGAGACAUCUCGAUACGUACAGAUAUUAUUAUUUAUGAAGCUUCAAAAGUUUGGUUAUUUUAUUUGAUGUAAAUUGCUAGGCCUUAGGAUGUCCAAGCAUAUAUGCGCAUGCGUCAUGGAAUUCUUGCAAAUACAUCCUGAACAACAACUA